CCACCACAAACAACACCUUACGAGUCUCGUUUCGCCUAACUUGGUAAUAUUUUCCAGUGUUUUCCAGUAUUUUGUCAAGUUACAUGUCCGUCCGAGAAGAGCCUGUGGAGCGGGAGGAGUUUGAGGAGUUCUUCACCGUAUUUGACGGCUCUUCUCCGGAGGACGUGUCUCAUGCCAGGCGUCUGUGGAGCUCCCUGUCUCUGCUGCCGCCGCUGGAGUCCCGCCUGGUCUCGGCGGAUAUCCACCAGAGGCUGCCCGUGUCCCGGCCUCAGCGCAGCAGCACCGCCGCUGUUCCCGGCAGCAAACCCUUCGCCCCGGAGCCUCCGAGUGUACCCUCUCUCCGACAGAGGCAGGAGGAGAGGCAGCGGUAUGUGACCAUGGCCGACCAGAGGAAGGAGAUCCUGGCUCUGCUGAGGAGGCAGAGGGAGCAGAGGAUCCAGAAGGAGCUGCUUUCUGUGGCCUUUAAACCGAAGGUGGAGGUCGACGGAGGCAAAAUGUUGAAACGAGAAGAAGCUUCAGAAUUAGAGAUGGACAAAGAGCUGGUUAAAGAGCUGCAGUAGGAUCAAAAUAAACCAGCAUGACUGUUAAUACUUUAUUGGCCUGUUUACUAUUAACAUGGAGACUAAGAUAGAGUGAUGAAAAUACU